AUUAUAUGCCUUUCUCUAAUUUCCCCUUUUUAUAAUACAUAGCUUAAAAGGUCUAGCGCGGGUAGGGUAAUAAAUGUUCUGUGUAUAUCUUCUGGCACCCCAGUUGUUCAGUUCAAAAAGAACCCGAUUAAUAAACAUAGUUUCUCUGAGAAAAGUGGUUGAACGACGAUACUCUACUCGUCGACCGUACGUCGUUCCUUGUGGGGUUUUUAUUUUUCAUUUAUUAAAUAAAAAUUGUUGAAUACACAAAAAUUGUGUGUGGUGCGUCAUUUGUUGAUGGAACACUUGUAAUUUGUUCAUUUAAAUAGGUAAAUAAAUAGAAAAAUAAAGAUGACAUCUCGACCCCAACGUACAGAACUAACAAUAAAAGAAAAAUUAGAAAUUAUCGAAUCGUUGAAUAACAAAAAAUGCUCACGCAAAGAUCUGCAGGAACGUUACAAAAUCACAAAACCCACAUUAACCAGAAUUAUGUCGCGUGAGUCUGAAUUGAAGAAUAGCAAGAACUCGAAGUUGCGGCGCAUUCGCAGUGGAUCCAAUCGACUUGUCGACGAAGCCGUUUCGAAAUGGUAUCGUUCCAUGAAGGAACAAAAUAUUUUCGUAAAUGGACCGCUAUUGCGGCAACAGGCGGUGAAAAUUGCCCGAAUGAUGAAUAAUCAAACAUUUGAGGCAAAUAAUGGUUGGCUAUGGCGUUGGCAGCAAAGGGAAAAUGUUAAAUUUAAUACUUCCGGUUUGGGAAGGACAGCAAGAAAAAUGCAAAGCGUUUUGGAUGUAAAAAAUGAUUUUUAUGAAAAUACAUCUAUUCAAAGUUUUGAUGACUCGAAUAGGAAUGUCCCUUGGCAGAAUAUACCGAAUGGGUUGGAAGAAAGUGGAGUGUCACAUUCUGAAAUGAGUGUGGUUGUGAAAGAGGAAGUAGAUGACUUUCAAAGGAAUCCUUUUGAAGCGGAAGUUGUUUUUGAUAACGAAAGCCGUGAUGAAGGUGUCUGUGAUAAUGAACCCAGUCGAAAUAACUAUCCCAACGAAUGUUUGAUUAAUGGCAAAGACGACACAACAAAGAACCAUCAAGAUGAUGAAUCUCUAGAUCAUUCUGAACCGUUCCAAACAGUUGAAAUGAAAAAUCAACCAAAUUUUGAAUAUCGAAUUAUUGAUUCCGAUGAAGAAUAUGAAAGAAGUCAAUUUUCGAAAACAAAGAAUUCAACUGUUGAAAAUGACCCCAAGGAUAUAUAUUCAAUUUAUGGUGACUACAUUGCACGUAGAUUACGGGCACAUGCCAAAGAGAGAGACAACUAUGAGAUAUACAUUGCUCAACAUAAUAUUGAUGAUGUAAUUUUUAACUUGUCCAUGGGUUCUUAUGCACGAGAAGUAUCUCAGGUUAGGCCUUAUGAAAAUAAUUCAACAAAUGGUAUUGUUGAUAAUAACAACAGACAAAAGCUGACAAAUAACUCGUGGAGUUAUCAAGAGAAACGACAAACUUGUCCGAAAAAUUCAUCUGCAAAAAGCCAGUCGAAUGGUUUUCAAGAUGACAGAGUCAGAUUAAGGACAACAUCAAGUUUAACAAAUACAAGCAGUUCAGUGAUUAAUUGCGCUUCUUUAAAUGAAGAAACGUAGUAAAAAAAUAAAACAAAUACAAAUUGUUUACUAUUAUUGAUUAGUUUUAGGUAUUUUUUUAAGAUUUUGUUUGUAUUCUGUAUGUAAAAUUAAAAAAAAAAUGUUUAUUAAAAAUAUCUAUUUUAAUUUAAUACUUAUUGUCAUUGUAUUCAAAACUAAAAACAUAAAUGAAAACUUUUUGUAUCAAAUUUCGAAUUAUGUUUGUAUACAUUUUUAAGUUACAACUGC